AUGAAUCUCCAUAUCUCCUUGGACCAGAAUGGCGGUGUACUCCACCUCUACCCCUGUACAAUAGCCUCAGCCUACGAUAUCGAUGAGCAGGAUAUUGGAUGGAAGGAUAGAACAGGAGAAGACGGGAGGGAAGAGGAGCCAUCUUUAGACAGGCGCAGAAGCCCUACUCAAUAUAACACUAAUAGCACCCCAUUUAGGCUAACUGCCCGGUCGAUACCCGUCUUCGGGCCCCUCCAGGAUCUACUGGGCAGCCUUCUUGAUGUAGCCAUUGUGGAAGAGGCAUCAAACUACAGAACAUAG